CAAUUUUAAACAUAAAUUUUAAAUCGCGAUUUAAAUUCAUCUUAAUUAGCAGACGGAUUAAUAUUAAUCGAUACAAUUUUAAUGGAUUAGGUAGUAUUUUGUAUAGGCCAGUACUGAGAACUACCUCCACUCCACCUCUGCUUUCUGGAAAAAUGGCAUCAGAACCGGUCAAUGUGAAUGAGUUCCAGGAACUGGCAAGGCGAGCUCUUCUGAAGAUGUACUUUGACUUCUACAAUGGGGGAGCUGAGGACCAACACACGCUAAGAGAGAACAUGGAAGCGUUCCGUAGAAUCACUUUUCAGCCAAGAGUUCUUGUAGAUGUGAGCAGAAUAGAUAUGUCAACCACUAUAUUGGGUUACCCAACUUCGGCACCAAUCAUGAUCGCUCCAACUGGAUUGCAUAAGUUGGCUCAUCCUGAAGGAGAGGUUGCAACAGCCAGAGCAGCUGCUGCAUGUAACACCAUCAUGGCAAUGUCCUUUUCGGCUGACUGCACCGUGGAGGAGGUUGCUUCCAGUUGCAAUGCCAUUCGCUUUUUUCAAACAUAUGUAUAUAAAAGAAGGGAUGUAACAGCUGUGUUAGUGCAAAGAGCCGAAAGAAAUGGGUUCAAGGCUAUUAUGCUUACUGUUGAUACCCCUAGGCUUGGUCGAAGGGAAGCAGACAUUAAAAACAAAAUGAUUGCGCCUCAGCCGAAGAACUUAGAAGGUCUCUUGUCAACUGAAGCAGUUUCGGAUAACGGCUCAAAGCUUGCAGCUUUUGCAGCAGAGACGCUUGAUCCUUCUCUGUGUUGGAAGGACAUAGACUGGUUAAGGUCUGUCACUAGUUUGCCAAUUCUAGUCAAAGGGGUCCUGACAGCUGAGGAUGCAAUAAAAGCUAUGGAAAUAGGGGUUGCUGGGAUUGUUGUCUCUAACCACGGAGCUCGCCAGCUGGAUUAUUCUCCAGCCACUAUCACUGUUCUGGAAGAGGUGGUUCGUGCUGUUGGAGGAAAAAUUCCUGUUCUCAUUGAUGGAGGAGUGAGGCGUGGUACAGAUAUUUUCAAGGCAUUAGCUCUUGGUGCACAAGCUGUUAUGAUUGGAAGGCCAGUCCUCUAUGGAUUAGCAGCAAAGGGUGAAUAUGGGGUGCGAUCAGUCAUUGAAAUGCUGAAGGAUGAGUUGGAGCUCACCAUGGCCCUAUCCGGCUGCCCUACCGUGAAGGAUAUCACCAGAAGUCAUGUGAGGACAGAGUACGACAGAUUCAACUGUAGGCUUUAGUUUAGAUAAAGUUCUAAGUUGUUGUCGUUGUUGAUGUUAUUUAUCUUAGAUAUGCUCAUACUGAUAACUAAGACCCCUAGUUCUGUGAUGAUUGGCACUUUAAAUACAUUUUAGCUUGGGGAUUGUAUUGUCAAGUUUUAUAUAUUACAAGAACCAAACAUGUAAUGCUGUGCAUAUGGAAUUUUCUCUCUUCCCAA